AGAAUUAGAUUAUUUCUAUAACAUGCAUGCAUGAACGAACGGAUAUUGUUCGGAAUUAUCUUACCCAGGCCAUGUUUAUUAUCGGACUUGAGUCAUUACCACAAUUCUGAGCUACUGGCCUAUACAAUUUUGAAACUGCAUUCAUUAUAAGAAUGAAUUUACUAAUAGUCGUUAUCUGUUUCUAUAUAAGAUGUCGAUUGUAGGUCAGGGAUAAUUCGCAGUACUGCUCAGGAAUGCGAGAGGGCGCGAUCAAUUGGCUUUGCUACGCCACCUAGCGGUGUGUUAAUUGGAAAUGUGAAUGUUGCCGCUUUCGUAGUCUUUCACAACAGAAACAACAAUUUUAAUAAUUAUUCUAUUAUGACAAUGAAGCCACUUGUAUGUUUGAGUUUUCUAUGCGUGUGUGUGAUUUUGCUCAGCUGCGAAGUUGAAGCGUUUAGCGACCUCGCCUGUCCCGCUAACUACCACUACUGUGAAGGGACGAUAUACUGCUGUCCUUCAGGCUACAUCUGCACGGGAACAUCCACAUGUUUACACUUAGCAAUCAUAAUUGGCCCUAUAGUGGGUCUGGUGAUCCUGAUAGUGUGUGUGGUCGUCUGUUGCAUCUGUUGCAGGCGGAGGCGCAGCACCCCAGGCGUGGUAUACAGCCCCACCCCCCAGUGAACCUAAGUGACAACAACAAUGUAAUCAGGGCAAGGUCUAGUGAGGGUGUGAUAGUGCCUGUCCUACAUCAUUUGUAUACUUACUAUUGAAACUUUUUAGACGAUUUUUUUUUUCAUGAAGGACAUUUGUUUUUAAUUCGGUGCUGUAGAUUUUUGUAGAUUUUUUUUAAAAAGAAUUUGAAUACUUGGAUAUGUUCAGCAUGUUAAUUUGCUGAGUUGAAAUAUACAGCACAUGCCAUGUAUCAAAUGUAAAGACAUAAUAUGUACAGUGUUUAGUACUGGUAUUAGUACUUCUCUUACAUGUGAAACUCGAAGCUAUAAUUGUUGAAUGUCAAAUCUAGAUCUAGAGAGCGUGAAGUUUGGUUUCAUAUCUAGUAAUUGUUUUAGCAUUGUCAAUUAAUAUUUUAGAAUUUAAUGUAUCCGCUGUAUAAUCUCUAUAGAACUGCUUUUGAAGUUUUAUUGUGUAGAUUAAAUUUUAUUUUGGCAAUCAUGAUUCUAUUCGCAACUUCACUAUUAGUAUAAAUGUUCUCGCUUGAUGUUAAAACUGCUAUUUUAUUCAAAAAUUAAUUUGUAUUUUUCGAUUUGUAAAGGUCAAUAAAACAUUUGUUUAACAAUU